GCGAUUUUUACGAAGAAGUUCAAGCGAAGGUAAACGGGCAAACCCCAAAUCUGGUGUUCCCGAGAGAUCGACUUCGACUUACGACAUCCGCUUUUCUCGUGUCUUUCAGCUAUGCCAUUUUAAUCCUGUGUUUCUGAACUGCCAAUCGAACUUCCGCAUAUCGACGUCAAACAAACCAUAUUUAAUCUUCCCUUACCCUCAUACAUCAUAUAUCGGCCUUUUUCCGUCCUUAUUAUAAAUUCCACCAUUGUGAUCCUUUAAAGUCAUCAAUUCCUUCUCCUUCACAGUUUAACACCUGAUCUACUCAACGACAACCACAAUGUCCCCACGAGCGUCUUCAUCUACUCCGAGAAGCGCCUCCGCCGCUAGCGCUCCAUACCCACGUCGAGCUGCUGGUCAACCAAAGUCUUCCAGGCAACAGUUCUCCGCUUGUGGAGCUUGCCGCAUGCGAAGAGUUCGAUGUGACCUAAAAGACCUCCCCAUGACCCAGACUACUACAAGCGGUCUGCAGCAGCUUUCAUGCUCAAACUGUAAAGAGCGUGGGAUCAAAUGCGUUGACGAAUUUGCUGAAGUGAAAGCUGUAAAACUGUUAAGACGCGGCCGCCGUCUACAACAGGUGGAAGCUGUCUACGGUAAAGUUACGGAUGACGAUUCCAACCCGUCUUCUCCGAUGUCCACAGGAUCAAACCCCACGAUCCAAACCACACUCUCCGCGGGGAUCGCCGCGCCCAGACAGAGCAUCAUUCCCCUGCUGAAGCUGGAAUUCCUUAGCUCAUCUUUCUUCCGCAGAUUCAGCAUCCAACGUCCUAUAAUCGAACCCACUGAAUUCACAUCAAGAUACUUUGCUCAUAUUAAGGGCACCUCCACUCUCAGUAUCGAGGGUCAGAUGAUUGCGAUGUUACUUGUCACUUGGGCUGCCUCAUUUGGCGUCAAUGAAUUUGGUAUUGAGGAGGAAGUAGAGCCGCAUUCCCCUACUAUACCCGACGGACCCAAGUUCUCUCCCGACGGAGAUGAUGAUUUCUCUGACCCCAGCUGUCGUGCUCGUACUCUUCGUGUAGAGACGAUGAUCAAGGAGAUCCUACAUCUCAUCGACAUUCAUGCUCUGCUGCGACACCCGACUUGGGAUGGUGUCAGGGUCCUCUUGCUCAUCCUCCCACUAACUCAGGGCAUCCAAAGUGUCAUGGACAGAGGAACUAUGUACGAGGCGACGCUUUCCCAAGUUUACACACUUUGCGGCCCGACCAAUCAUUCCGUGCUACACAGUGGCCAAGGAUCUUAUUGUGAUGCACUUGUCCGUGCCAGAGUUUUCUGGUACGCCUACAUACAUGAAGGUGUCCGCACUGCCUUACGCGGUGGUCGGCUAUAUCUUGAUGAGGAUGACCUUGUUGCAUUCCAAAGCACGCUCCCUCCUCAAUACUCUGCAUCUGCAUCUGGCAGUACUUCCUCUGCAUCCUCUUCACGCUCCUCGCCUACUGCUACUUCUCCAGUGUCGUCCGAUUUCCCUCUCAAUUCCUUGCAGGAUCCUCGCGGCCACUCGCGAGCCUCGCUUUCUUACCUCCUCUCUUCCCAUUAUUUUUCACUCGCCCUCGCCGUGUCUGGUGUUUGUCGUGCCGUUCACGCAGUGCUCACUGGACCUCGUGCGCGUCGUCGCACUGAUGCUGGUGUUGCCAUCCGCGAGGACUCCCUCGUAGAAAUCUGGGAUGGUCUCGAGCGAUGCUGGGAGGACUUCGAGUCUCUCCGUCGUGGAGCAGGCGGCAUCGGCACCGUGGGUGGCGGCCUUGUGCGUGGAGAAGACGUCGAGCGUUUCGUUAGCGGAUGGCAAGUGUUCAUCUUUGAGUGCUUGAACAUCAUCCGGGAAACCUUGAGACAGCGCAUCGUUGCGCAGACCAAGGGCAGCCCUGACUCAAACGGUCAUUCCCCUCCGGCCGAUCGCGCCCUUUGCCGCAUGCUUUCCCAGGCUACUCGCCGUUGUCGCCAAACCCUUCCCCGCGUCAUCGCUAUCUUGAAGCGGCACCUUGCUGUUCCUUCCAGCGGUUUCUUCGCUCAUGAUGCCGGCCUCAUCCGAGACGGAUGCUACUAUGCUGCUUUGCUACUUGCACAAAGCGAUAUCGAUCAGGAUGGAGAUAGUGAUCUGAAAGGCGAAGAUGGACUUGCUUGGGACAUGGACGCCGAGGACGGUGUUGACGUGUGUCUGCGUGCACUAGGAGAGAUUGGCUGGAUCUACGCCAAUAGCCAGGAGCGAGAGAAGACUGUUCGCAUGGUUUGGGAGGCACGGGUCAUUCGUGAUGAUGAGCGCCGUCGUGAACGCAACCGUCAGCGUGAUUAUCUUGAGGAUCACCGUGCUCAGGCUUAUCACUCAGGACAACGUUCGCAGGAUCGUUCCCCUUACAUGAUCAACAAAUCAUCGCUGCCACCGCCCGCUCGCGGUCAGGGAACGACGCCUCGUUCGCUCUCACUUGUGUCAGCCGCCGGACAGUCUCGUCCCCAUCUUCCCCCUCUGUCGCUUGCCUUCUCUCCGGUAGACAGUGCUCCGAACACUGCUCUCACCGAUGAUGGUAGUGGCAGCUGGACUACUUAUACGCCACCCACGACGUCGGGUUCAAUGACGAGUAACGCAACCACAAACCGCAGUGUCUCGCCACCCGAUUCUGGAUCGCCUCACACACUCUCAUCAUUAAAACAUCUCCCUCCUAUCCAGCACUCGUUAAAAACUGAGAAUGAUUCAUUCUAUAAUGGGGUCGGUGAUCUGGAUCCAUUCUCAUUUUCUGUCGACAGCACUACUGGCCCUGGUGUGGUUGGUGGCCCUCAUGCAUGGUCAUCGCAGUACCAACAUCAAGUUGGACCUGGUAGUGGUUACCUUGACCCUAGCGUGAUCUUUACUGGAGCAGAUUGCCAAACCUUCUACCACUAAUGAAACACUAUCAGAUCUGUACGUUUUUAUGACCGUACCACAUGUUAUCGCGUCGUCAUCUUGAUUCAUUAUUUCUAAGUUCUGCAUCACGCAAUGGAGCUACUUCAGGCAUCCAUCAUCUUCACAUUCAUUUCAUAGCCAUAUAUUACCGCUUUAUCAUUUGUCUGGAUAGAUACUUGAGUUGCAUUGUAUUAGAUUUUGUUUAUACCCGUCGAUUACCUAGUGACCCUCCAAUGAUUACCACAAUAUUCAUUAUCAUAGACACGUACGUAGAUGUAUUAUCAUUAUGCACAGAACAUGUAAAUCGGUGGUUCUAAUGACAUUAUCAUCGGAUGAAUUUUUGAUGACUACGUCAUCUGAUGGGGAAGAAGAUCUGAGGAGAUAUGUCGGUCAUAUAAAUAUUUGUGUACAU